AUGUCCGACGCCAUGACAUCGUUCACCGACGAAUUCGUCUCCUCCUUCGUCGUCUCCGGAUGUCUCGCGUCGCUCGGCGUCCAAGCGCGCGUGCUUCAGACGAGCGUUGUUCCGAUCGCUACCCGGCUGCUCAACGCGCCUGAUUUCAUCCUCGACGACGUCUCCGCCAUGGUCACCAUGCUCUUCGUGAACCUGGUGAUCAUAUUCGGUCCCACGUACGUCACACUCAGUCGUGGGGCGGCGAAUAACCCGGUGGUGUACGUUCUCAAGGCGAUGCUGGGACGAUGCGGGAAACGCAGAGCGGGCGCGAACGCGUUGGCGUCCAUUGCGGCGCACAUCGCGUCUCUCUACGCGCUCGAUCGAGCGGCGACAGCGUUUCCGGAGUACUUUCCAGGUAAAGCCCCGGUUCGAGCGCUGAUCCCGAGCGGAGGGUUCACGCGCGGCGCGCUCGCGGAGGCGGCUGUGACGUCGGCGAAUUUCAUCUUCGCGGGCCUAGCCGAGAAGACGUUUUCCAGCCCCCUGUUGCCAGCGAUCGGUAGUGGAUUUUAUGUCUUGACGAUGAUGAUGGAAGGGUGCAAGAACUCGUGCGGAUACAUGAAUCCCUCUCCGGUGAUUGCCAGUCACGUCGUUGCGGGAAAUAUCUUUUCGCGAGAGGCGCUCGACGCUAUUGGGACGUACGUCGUCGGCGCGCUCUUAGGUUGCGUCAUCACGUGGUUGGUGGCGAAAGCAACCACGCCCGAGCCGAAGUCCGUACGACGACAGCGCUCUACCUCCAAGGCGGCGCAGCGUUCGCUCUCUAAGAGACAGCCGAGCGCUCGUAGCAAGGCGAAAUCAAGUUAG